CUUGAAUUUGAAAUAAACCUUCACAUAUAUUGAGUGUAAUAUACAAAUUUCAUAAGAAAUAUAAAAAAAAAAAAAAAAAAAAAAAAAAAAAUGGAAGCUCGUCAUUUUCUUGCUUGCCUUGUUUUCUUUGCCAUGUCUUCUUAUGUGGCCUAUGCGACGGAUCCUAAUCAACUACAAGACUUCUGUGUUGCGAUUAUUAAUCCAAACAAAGAACUGUUUGUGAAUGGAUUUUUCUGUAAGAAUCCAAUGGAUGCCAAACCCGAAGAUUUCUUUUUCGAAGGGCUAGACAAGCCAGGAAACACUAACAACAUGCUAGGUUUCAAUGUUACACCAGUCUCCGUGUUACAACUUCCAGGACUCAACACCCUCGGCAUAUCUUUGGCUAGGAUUGACUUCGCGCCCUAUGGCCUUAAUCCCCCUCACACUCAUCCUCGUGCAAGUGAAAUCCUUACCGUAUUGGAAGGAACCCUCUAUGUUGGUUUCGUAACCUCCAACCUCCCAAAUGGCGAUAACAAGUUGUUCGCUAAGGUGCUUAACAAAGGUGAUGUUUUUGUUUUUCCACAAGGGCUCAUUCAUUUCCAAUUCAAUGUUGGAAAAACUCCUGCUGUUGCUAUUGCCGGGUUAAGCAGCCAAAACCCUGGUGUGGUCACUAUUGCUAACGCCGUGUUUGGGGCUGAGCCACCUAUCUCCGUCGAUGUUCUAAGCAAGGCCUUCCAGCUAGAUGAACGCAUUGUGAAGAAGCUCCAAUCACUGUUUAGCUCCUAAUUCUUUCACGAAUUUGGAAGAUUUAUACAAAUUGCUAAUUAUGUGGUGUUUCAUAUGUAGACACUUCUAUAUUUACUAUUAUUUGCUUAUCUUUUAACUUUUGAAUAAAUAACCAAGUGUUCGAUAUGGCCUUAUUGGUUGUCUGUCAACGUUGCUUCAUAAUGUUAUAAAUAUAUCCUACUUUACAUGGGAUAUUAAUUUCCGUAUUUUAA